AUGGACCCCAUGGAGCUGAGCAAUGUCAACAUCGAGCCUGAUGAUGAGAGCAUCAGUGGAGAGAGUAUUCAAGACAGCUACACCGGGAUGGGGAAUUUAGAAAAGGCAGCAAUGAGCAGUGAGUUUACUAAUGAAGAUGCUGAAAGUCAGAAAUUCCUGACAAAUGGAUUUUUGGGGAAAAAGAAGUUGGCAGAUUAUGACGAUGAACAUCAUCCUGGGACCACCUCCUUUGGAAUGUCUUCAUUCAACCUGAGUAAUGCCAUCAUGGGCAGUGGAAUCCUGGGCCUGUCCUAUGCCAUGGCCAACACAGGGAUCAUACUUUUCAUAAUCAUGCUGCUUGCCGUGGCAGUCCUCUCUCUUUAUUCAGUUCAUCUUUUAUUAAAGACUGCCAAAGAAGGAGGGUCUUUAAUUUAUGAAAAACUAGGUGAAAAGGCAUUUGGAUGGCCUGGGAAAAUCGGAGCUUUCAUUUCCAUUACAAUGCAGAACAUUGGAGCCAUGUCAAGCUACCUCUUUAUCAUUAAAUAUGAACUACCUGAAGUAAUCAGAGCAUUCAUGGGACUUGAAGAAAAUACUGGAGAAUGGUAUCUCAACGGCAACUACCUCGUCAUAUUUGUGUCUGUUGGAAUAAUUCUUCCACUUUCUCUACUUAAAAAUUUAGGUUACCUUGGUUAUACCAGUGGAUUUUCUCUUACUUGCAUGGUGUUUUUUGUCAGUGUGGUGAUUUACAAGAAAUUCCAAAUACCCUGUCCUCUGCCUAUUCUGGAUCACAGUGUUGGGAAUCUGACAUUCAACAAUACAGUUCCAGUGCAUGUGGUGAUGUUACUCAACAACUCUGAGAGUAGUGGUGUGAACUUCAUGAUGGAUUACACCCACCAGAAUGCUGCAGGACUUGAUGAGAACCAGGCCAAGGGCUCUCUUCAUGGCAGUGGAGUGGAGUUUGAAGCACACAGUGAUGACAAGUGUCAGCCCAAAUACUUUGUCUUCAACUCCAGGACGGCCUAUGCAAUUCCCAUCCUAGCAUUUGCUUUUGUAUGCCACCCUGAGGUCCUUCCUAUCUACAGUGAACUUAAAGAUCGGUCCCGGAGGAAGAUGCAAACAGUGUCGAAUGUCUCCAUCACAGGGAUGCUCAUCAUGUAUCUGCUUGCUGCCCUCUUUGGUUAUCUAACCUUUUAUGGAGAAGUUGAAGAUGAAUUGCUUCAUGCUUACAGCAAAGUGUACACAUUUGACACCCCUCUCCUCAUGGUGCGCCUGGCUGUCCUUGUGGCAGUAACACUAACUGUGCCCAUAGUGCUAUUCCCUAUUCGCACAUCAGUGACCACACUGUUAUUUCCCAAAAGACCAUUCAGCUGGAUAAGGCAUUUCCUGAUUGCAGCCAUAAUUAUUGCUCUUAACAAUGUUUUGGUCAUCCUUGUGCCAACUAUAAAAUACAUCUUUGGAUUCAUAGGGGCUUCUUCUGCCACUAUGCUGAUCUUCAUCCUUCCAGCAGUUUUCUAUCUUAAACUUGUCAAGAAAGAACCUCUUAGGUCACCCCAAAAGGUCGGGGCUUUUAUUUUCUUCGUGGUUGGCAUCAUCUUCAUGAUGGGAAGCAUGGCACUCAUUAUAAUUGACUGGAUUUACAAUCCCCCAUAUUCCAAGCAUCACUAA